AUGGCCCGGUUCUGGCCCACUCCGAAGCCUGCCGGCCUGCCCCCUAUUCUCACUCCAUCCGCAAAGAAGAGCACAAAUACGGACUACAAGUGCCUGUAUGGCUUCACACGACUGGGGCGUGCAAGUAGGGAGGACUCUAGUGCGGCAGAGGUGGCCAGCCAGAGUCGCAGCCAGGCAAUCAUCCCUCGCUACCAGUCUGGAGUGGCUGCGGCAGCCCUCCCCCCUGUUUCCCAAGGUGCGGAGAUGGUGACAGGGCAUCUGCAAGCAGGCAUUUGUGUGCGCAUGUUGGACAUGGUCACGCAGUAGUAUCAUAUCACAUGCAGCCGGCUUUGGUAUACACGAAGCAGUGUC